UCAUGAGCGACUGACUUCAAAGCCCAAAAUCCUCCGCGCGGUGACGCGGCGACGGCGCCCGCACACGUCUGGCGCAAAAGGUCUGUUUUGGAGAAGAACGGAAGAUGGCGACCUCAAACAAUCCGCGAAAAUUCAGCGAGAAGAUCGCGCUGCACAAUCAAAAGCAGGCGGAGGAGACGGCGGCGUUUGAAGAAGUCAUGAAAGACCUGAGCAUUACUCGAGCCGCACGGCUGCAGUUACAGAAGACCCAGUAUUUGCAACUGGGCCAGAAUCGUGCUCAGGGCUAUGGAGGUUCACUGCCCAAUGUCAAUCAGAUUGGAAAUAGCAACACUGACCUGCCUUUUCAGACUACAGUUUUGGAUACUAGUCGAACCACUCGGCACCACGGCUUGGUGGACCGCGUGUAUCGGGACAGAAAUCGGAUCACCUCCCCACAUCGCAGGCCUCUCUCGGUGGAUAAACACGGCCGCCAGAUCGACAGCUGUCCUUAUGGCUCAGUGUAUCUGUCACCUCCCCCGGACACCAGCUGGAGGAGGACCAAUUCUGACUCUGCGCUACAUCAGAGUGCCAUGAAUCCUGCUCAACAAGACACUUUUGUUGGAGGAUCUCAAGAACUCCAGCCAAAACGAGUCGUCUUGCUCACACCCCCAGAUACAGAGGAGCCCGAAACAGAAAUGGAAAAAGACGAUCAGAAGGCAUCACUACAUUCUCAAUCACAUGAUGUUCCAGGGAUUAACAUAUUCCCAUCCCCCGAUCAAGAAGUCAACGCCACGUUGAUGCCGGCCGCGCACAGCACGGGUGGCUCCUUGCCCGACCUCACCAACAUCCAGUUCCCCCCUCCUCUGCCCACUCCUCUGGACCCAGAUGACUCAGUCACCUUUCCGGCCCCUAGCACCUCCAGCAGCACAGGCAACCUGAGCACCAACCUCACCCACCUGGGCAUCAGUGCCGCCAGCCAUGUGGCUGCCUCCAACCCUUCACCUUCCGGCGCUGCACUCUCACUCAACAUAGAUGCCCAACAGCAGCAGUCAUGCCCACAGCAGCUCUCACCUACUCUCUCCCCAACCCUCUCUACACAGAUGCCCAUUUCUCAGGUUAUCACCGAUCCAAUCGCGAUGGACACCAUGUCUCUGGAGCAGCAGUUGUCGCAGUACUCGCUGCUCAGCCUGCUGAGCGAUUUGCAGAAGCAGCAGCAGACGCUACCGCAGAAUAUCCGCCUUAUCCAGCUGCCACCCAUCACCGUCAGCUCCGCCUCCAGCCAGGUCCAGACCUCCUUGUCCAGCCAAUCGCCAACUGCAACAAGCGCGCCAGUCAGCACGCAGUAUCGCAAUCAGACUGGCUCUCCAGCCAACCAGUCUCCAACCUCGCCAGUCUCCAACCAGGGCUUCUCGCCUGGAGGCUCGCCUCAACACAUCCCAGUGGUGGGGAGUAUUUUUGGAGAUUCGUUCUACGAGCACCAGAUGGCGUCCAGACAGACCAACGCUCUUUCCCACCAGCUCGAGCAGUUCAACAUGAACAUGAUUGAGAACCCGAGCAGUUCAAACAGCUUGUACAGUCCGUGCUCCACGCUCAACUACACACAGGCAGCCAUGAUGGGUUUAACUGGGAGCCAUGGCAGCUUGCAUGACACCCAGCAACUGGGCUACAGUAACCAUGGCAACAUUCCCAACAUUAUCCUAACAGUCACAGGCGAGUCGCCACCGAGUCUCUCCAAGGAGCUGAGUAACUCGCUGGCUGGCGUGGGAGAUGUCAGCUUUGACGCGGACUCUCAGUUCCCACUGGAUGAGCUAAAGAUCGACCCGUUGACCCUGGAUGGGCUGCACAUGCUUAACGACCCAGACAUUGUGCUGGCCGACCCAGCCACCGAGGAUACGUUCCGCAUGGACCGCCUGUAAAACAAGCGAACUGAAGAAAAAAAGAAGACGUACAGUAAAGAAGCUCUCUGAUCAGGAGGAGGCUGAAGACUUGCUCAUUGUGCAGCUGCAUGGCCACCCGGUUUUAUCAUUGCGCCUGCGGCCCUCGCUGCCCCUCCCCCUCAUGGCAUCUACAAUAGCAUGCUGCCAACAUCAAUGCCAACGUCCGGGGAAAGGAGGCACUCAAGCACAUAGGCGGACGUGGCACUGCUAUAUCCACGCUGGCUAGUUUCGCGAGGCGGCUUGUUCUGAACCACGCCCGUUGUGCAAGUGUCUCUAUACCCCUCUUUAGGCCGACAUGUUGAGUUGCAUUUCUUGUUUUUUUUUUUUGUUUGUUUGUUUAGUUUGUUCAAUCUCAUGUUUCCUUCAUGUGGGGUGAUUUUUUCAUGUCAUUUUGUGUUUAAGUGUUUAUUAGGUUUUUAUUUUGUGUGUGAGGGCGCGUGUGUGCGCGUGCGUGUGUGUGUGCGUGUGCGUGUUGAACCUUAAUAUUGAACCUCCUGACCAAGAUGACUUUUCCCUCCCUCCAUAAGUCUUUAUUUUUACAUCCCUUUACCGUUCGAGUUUUCUUUAGUACUUUGUGUGGAUUUGUUUAUUUAUGUACGUGUUUGUGUUUACGUUCAUAUAUUUUACAGAUGAAUUGUUUACGUAAAGAUACCAUGUGUCUUUUUAGACUGUGCGUUCUGUGUGUUUAAAUCUAUAUAUUUAAAUUUUUAAUUAUUUAUUGAACCCUUUUAUUUAAUACUAAGGAGUACUACUCCCCCCCAUUCUACUUUUUAUGGGUUUGGAAGCGCAGGCAAUUUGUGCUACUGUACGUAAUUUAUUAUCGCUAAAACACUAAAAACUACCAUCCUUUAAAACAGUCGAUCUGCUCUGCUUUUUUCUCCCGAAACAUUAAGGUGGCCGUCCGUGUGCCAGCAUCGUUAUUUUUUUACACGUUUGCCGACGUUUCCGCAGGUUUAAUUGUAAGUGUCAAACUAUUUUUCAUAUCAGUAUUGUAGUGUCUAAAAAGCUACACAUGUGCGUUUUACUUGUCGCUUCUUCAGCUGCAAAUCGAAACCGUUAGUGACGUCUUUGACUCGUGUUUGGCAUUAAAAGCCCGUCGUCAUGCAGGGCCCGAAUGGUUAAAAACGGAAGAAAAAGGAGGAAAAAGUAAAAAAAAAAAGAAAAAAAAGAAAAAGAAAGUU